GCCGUGCCGCUCGCAGGGGCCCUGAUGGGAGCCGGGGACGUGAUCGCGCAGCAGCUGGUGGAGCAGCGGGGGCUGCGCCAGCACCCCAAACGCACCCUGAAGAUGAUGGCCAUCGGCUGCUGCUUCGUGGGCCCCGUGGUGGGCGGGUGGUACAAGGUGCUGGACCGGCUCGUCCCGGGCGCCACGAAGGCUGUGGCUGUGAAGAAGAUGGUCCUGGACCAGGGUGGGUUUGCACCGUGCUUCCUCGGCUGCUUCCUCGGCAUCACGGGGGCCGUGAACGGUCUGUCUGUGGAGGAAAACUGGUCCAAGAUCCAGCAGGACUACGUGGACGCUCUGCUCACCAACUACUGCAUCUGGCCCCCGGUGCAGGUUGCCAACUUCUACUUCGUCCCCCUGAGCCACAGGCUGGCGGUUGUCCAGUGCGUGGCCAUCGUCUGGAACUGCUACCUGUCCUGGAAGGCAAACCGGCUGUGAGGGGAGGGUCCCGGGGCUGCCCCCGCUCCCCGUGUGCCGCCUGAGCGCUCCACCUCCAGGCUGUGACGUGGGGCUGGGGCGUGCAGGGCCCUGACCCCGCUCCCCUUGUGGGACCCCUCCUGCCUGCUGCUGCAGCCCUUGCUGCUGCUCUUGGGGGGGAGCGGGGAGCGGGUCUGGCCAGGGCCGGGGGCUGCUCCAGGGGCCGUGCGGGGCUCUGCCUGUUGGUGCCUUCCCCCAUCCACGCUCCCUGCUCUGCCUGGCCCUGCCCCAUGUGUGGGUUGUUUCCCCCUGGGGGCAGCUCUGUCCUUUUCCAGGGGUUGCUGGGGAAGGAUGAGGGCUUGGAGCAGCACCGGCCUGGUGCAGACCCGGGGUGCAGCACCACGGCUGGGGCUCGGCUCUGCUCCGUGCCUCCCGACCCCAGCCCGUCUGUCCCAGCAGCCACAGCCCCGGCAGCCACCACUGCUGCUCCAGUUACACCUCCAGUGGGAAUGGGAUUUCUGUGCAGCUCUGCUCCUGCCAGCCGGAGCACCCAAUAAACGGCGCUGUUCCCAGCU